AAUAAUCCCCAAAUAAUAUGUGGUGGUGGUGAUUGGUGAAGUCCUUUUUGCUCUGCUUCUUCUUCUUCUUCUUCUUCGUCCAUGGCUUCCUUCAUCUCCAACCUCUCUUCUCCUUUCUCAUUCUCCAUUGUUUCUUCUUCUUCUUCCUCUUCUUCCCCUAAAGAUGGGAAGCCAAACUCAGUGAAGCUUAGAGAUGAUUGGAGGCAACGCUCCAAACCCAUUCCUUCUGGAGGGACUUACCCAGCUAAAGACCAUUGCAGUCGUUGUGGGUUGUGUGAUACUUAUUAUAUUGCCCAUGUCAAGGAUGCUUGUGCUUUCUUAGGUGAUGGCAUGUCUCGAAUUGAAAGUUUGGAACCCAUUGUACAUGGGAGAGGAAGGAACAUGGAUUCCUUAGAUGAGACUUACUUCGGUGUCUACCAUGAGCUGCUAUAUGCUCGGAAAACUAAGCCUGUAGAAGGUGCUCAAUGGACUGGUAUAGUAACAACAAUAGCUAUAGAAAUGCUUAAAUCAGGCAUGGUAGAAGCUGUAAUUUGCGUACAAAGUGAUCCAGAUGACAGGUUCACCCCAAGGCCCGUCUUAGCAAGGACACCAGAGGAAGUUCUAGCUGCUAAAGGUGUUAAACCAACAUUGUCUCCCAAUCUGAAUACCCUUGCCUUAGUUGAGGCUGCAAAUGUUAAGCGUCUUCUUUUCUGUGGUGUCGGUUGCCAAGUGCAAGCAUUAAGAGCUGUGGAGCAUCACUUAAAUUUGGAAAAGCUCUAUGUGCUGGGAACUAAUUGUGUUGACAAUGGUACUCGACAAGGACUUGAUAAGUUUCUGAAGGCUGCAAGUAGUGAACCCGAAACAGUUUUGCAUUAUGAAUUUAUGCAAGAUUAUAAGGUUCAUUUGAAGCAUCUCGACGGUCACAUUGAAGAGGUCCCUUAUUUCUGUCUACCCGCAAAUGACUUAGUUGACGUUAUUGCACCAUCUUGCUAUAGCUGUUUUGACUACACAAAUGCUUUAGCGGAUCUUGUUGUUGGGUACAUGGGUGUACCGAAAUAUUCUGGAAUAAGCAUGACACAACAUCCCCAAUAUGUUACUGUAAGAAAUGAACGCGGGAAAGAAAUGCUCGGCCUGGUUGAGAAGUAUUUGGAGAUCACCCCAACAAUUAGUAGUGGUCAGCGCCAACCGUUUGUUGUGGAAACUGUCAAGGCAGAUGAUAAUGCUAAGUUGGGUAGAGGACCUUCUCAGCCUGCUCCUAAGUUUGUAGGCAAUCUGAUAGCUUUCCUUCUAAAUUUGAUUGGCCCGAAAGGUCUGGAAUUCGCCCGGUAUUCACUCGAUUACCACACCAUCAGAAAUCAUUUGCACGUAAAUCGCUUUUGGGGCAAACAAAGAGCGGAUAGGCACACUCCUUCCUAUGCAAAGAGGAUUGUUGAUAUGUAUAACAAGAAGGGUGAAAUCAAUCAAAUGAUUUCAGAAAGUAUAGAUAGUUGAUGAAGAAAUACAGGGAAUCUAUGUUGUUGUUGCACUCGAGCAUGACGAUGAAAUAGAAGGGAAUCUAUGCUAUGCUUUUGGAACCACAGAUGAAAUAGAAGGGAAUCUAUGCUAUGCUUUUGGAUCAAUGUUCAAAAGGAAAAUUAUUAUGUUAUGAACAUACAAGGAAGCAUAUAUAAAUUAGAGAUGAAUGGAAUCUCUAGCACAACCCAUAUGGACAUUUUACCACCAAAUGAACACCACCAUAGUUGAUUGAUUUGAUAGGUUGUUUUGUGCUCUUUGUGGGUCAAGUUGUGUUCACUAGUGUGACUCGAAUCUUAGGGCUUUAUUUCUUAUGUGUUUGGCAUGCACUAUCUGAUGAGAAGUGUUACUAUUAAUCUUCUAUGAGAUCACCAUCUAGCUAUUAUUGAA